CCUCCCGCGUUGCGCCGCUCGUGCGGUUACCGCGGGGAGCGAGUGCCCGUCGCGCCGGCCGCAUGGCUGCCAUCAGGGCUUUGGAGCAGUGGUGCAAGACGCAGUGCGACGGCUACUCGGAUGUGGCCAUCACCAACAUGACGACCUCCUUCAAGAACGGGUUGGCUUUCUGCGCGCUGAUACACAAGUACAGACCGGACCUCAUAGACUAUGACUCCCUGAAAGAGGAGGACGUGUUUGAGAACAACAGGCUGGCUUUUCAGGUCGCAGAGGAGAAGUUGGGGAUUCCCGCUUUGUUAGAUGCAGAAGAUAUGGUGGCUUUAAGGAUCCCGGACCGGCUGAGCAUCCUUACCUACGUCUCCCAGUACUACAACUACUUCAAAGGACGUCCCCCCAUGGGGGGUGUGAAGAGGCCAGCAGAGGGCUCCAAGGAGGAGCCAUCAGAGAAGAAAAACCUCCCCGUGGUUGCCAAAAGCUUCGCGUCUAAAAACGGCACAAGUUUACCUUCGACCCUCACUGGCCAGACGGCGCCUGCAGCGUGCGGAGCGACUGCUCAGGUCGGUGCUCUUACGGCAGUGUGCGCAGAGAACGCCAACAAACAUGGAACGCUCCAUAGCAAAUGCGUUGCAUGCAGGAGCCACGUUCAUCUGGUUCAGAGGCACUUGGUGGAUGGGAAGCUGUAUCACCGAAGCUGUUUCAAAUGCAGUGAAUGCUCCAGUGUCCUUCACGCCGGAGGCUUCAAACCCGGGAAGAAACCAGACACUUAUAUCUGCAGCGCCCACCAAAACGGUUGCAAGCCGUCCUCUUCAGCGGCCGGGAUCAAGAACGGACCCGCCAGUUCAGCCGCUCGAUUAAACGGCGCCGUCGGCGCCCGGCCGGCGUCCCGCCCCCCCUCUGUGCUGUCAGCCCCUCCGGAUGUUGUCCUGAAGCCGGCCGGUCCUGCUCCUCCUUCCCGGGCCUGGACGGCCUCGGCCCAUCGGACGCAGGCGGCCCGGCAGAGGUUCUUUCAGGCUGCAGCGCCGGCCACGGCGGCCUCGGCGGGUCACGGGAAGUCCACGGAGCCCUCGGGUGCUUUUGGAAAGGUCGCGCAGAGUGCCGAUGACUGGAAGAGCAAAGCCAGGACGACCGUCGGAAAGGCGCUGGCCGAGGAAAACCGCAACAACAACAACAAACGCCCGUUCACCGUCCGAUCAGCAGAGAGUCGGUUUGGAGUUGAGCCGAGUUCAGCCGUCAGCGCUGGUUUGAGAGGAGAUGAACGCAGCCGAGUCCCAGCAGGAAGCCGGGCAGGACAGCCCCCCAAUAAGGAGCCGGCAUGCCUGAACGCCGUCAGCAGAGACGGCGCGAGGCCAGCGGCCGUGCACACAAAUGCCAAAGAUCCAGUCUGGGGGCAACUGAAGCUCAAACCUAUGAAACCAGCUUUAAACGAUGCCGAAGCUUUUACCGAGCGACAUAAAUCGGGAUUCAAGUCCCCGACUUCCUCUUAUGUCCUCGAUAGAACCACGGGGCCUCGCUCUGCUGCUGCAGCGCCUCCAGUUAGUGUCGCACUGUUCGAUCCUGAAAUCUCUCUGCAGAAGCCUCAGCGUGGUUCAGAAAACCUCGGGAUCAGACAUGGGAGUUACUCGCCUGUGAAAUCUCCGAACAGACGGCCAGCUGUGGAGUCGUUUUCGUCGACCGCAGCAGCCAAUCACAAUCAGUCAGGUGCUAAAAAGGGAAAGUAUUUGUCACCCACCAACGCCUCCAGGACUGAAAUGAGGUCACCCUCUUCCCUUUUGUCUCAUGUCUUUUAUCAGGUAAAGUCUCAUCAUAUUCCAGCGGAGCAGAUUGAGAGGGACCUUGCUGAUAUUGAGACAAACAUGGCCCAUUUGGAGCAGGAGGGCGUGGGGCUGGAAAAGCAACUCCGACGCUGUGAAGAAGAGGGGGAGGGAGACCUACUAAUGGACCCACUGAUGGUCGACUGGUUCAACUUGAUUCGAAAGAAGCAGCUGUACAUUCGAAAGGAGUCCGAGCUCGUCUACACAGCCAGAACUCAGGAGCUGGAGCAGCAGCAGUCGGCUGUGGAGGCGGAACUUCGCGGGCUUCUGGAGGAGCCAGAUUAUUUGAAGUCCAGAGACGAGCAGCAGCGGGAGAAGAAGUUGAUGCGCAGGCUGAUGGAGAUCGUGGACGGCAGGAAUGCAAUAGUGGAAGGUUUGGAUGAAGACCGGCUGAGGGAAGUGGAGGAGGAUCAGCGGUUGAAUGAAAUGAUGCAAAAUCUUGGAGUAAAGAAAGCCAAACAUAAGAGGAAAUCUUCCAUCUCUAAACUGUUCAGGCGAAGAAGUAAAAGGCGAGUGGAAUGAAGGCAUUUUUCACACUAAACUCACAUCGUUAUUACUUUUUUUUUUUUUUUUUUUUUAAUUUAAGGCUAAAUGUUGCUGCACCACACUUUGCUACUGAGGGAAAAUUAAGAGAUUUCACAGGAAACGUAUUGGGUCAAAUCACAAGUUGUGUGUUUCUAGUCAUUUCCGAAUGUAUCACGCUAACUUAGUUAGAACUUUAUUUUUGUUCACCACUUCACCUGUCUUGUUAAAUUUGAUAUAAGAAUUUCUAAAUAGCAUACGAUUAAAUAUUUACUUUCACAAUGGGUGUUGUGUCUUUUUCAGAAUUAUUUUUCAGUUAUAUUUCACAAAGCUGUUUAUGUGAAAAGCAGCUGCGAGUAUCUUCCUUCAUGUUAAUUUUACUUUGCCAGUGUCGUAAAUAUUGUCUUCAGUCAUGGAUAUGUUUGUUAUUUAAAGAUUCUGUCUAUUUAUUGAAUCAUAGGAAUGUAAUUGUUAAUUUUUUUUGCAAAUCUUCUCUGCUCUGAUGUUAGGAGUUAAAAACAUAAGCUAUCGGUUUUCAAAUUACAGCGGGAACACUGGCUGUUCUACACGCUAAAACGAGUACGAAUAAAUGUGUAAUCCUUCGACCGCCUUCAUCCCAAAUGAAAUUCUAUCAGUAUUUAUUCAAAAAUGGAUUUUAACAAAUGUCCUUUUAAUGAUCUUAUCAGGAGGGAAAGCGCCUGUAGGAUUCAGUUUGUGUGUGUGCGGUGUUGAGCUGCUCUCCGGCUGUACUGUAGGUGGCAGCCUGGCUUUGCUGCAGCACCAGGCAAGAACUUGGAAAUCCAAUUUGCCACAGUGCGGACAGUUAAUUUCUUUGCUAAUUUUAUAAAUGCUGCGAAAAUGUUCGGCUGUGCAGAUGCAAUAAUGUUAUGGGAAAGAGGAUUAGGUAGAGCAGUAGCUUAUGGCUGGGGAAGGCUUAUGAACUAUAGGUUGUAUUGAGCUCUUUAUCUUAAAACCGCGUUUAAUUAAACAUUACUCUUUACUAAUAUCUGCACCAGAAAUGCUCCGUACCUGCUCUAUUAAAAUGUUCAGAGGUUGUGUAGAGUCAUUCAUGUGUGAAAAUGGCAUUUGCGGUGUUUCUGUGCGGAAUGCUCUUUAAUGUUAAGUGUUUCUGAAUAUACUUGUACUCAAUUUAUAGUAUUUUUAAACUUGAACUCUGUAGUGCAAUAAAUGCUUUGAAGAUUA